UCUAGCCGAGACUUUCUUUCGGCCACCCUGCCUUCCCCGGCAUUUCCUCCUCAUUGACAGACGCUUACGUCAGCUCGGCUGCAAGAGGUAGUGAUAAAGAGAAAAGAAGAAACCAGCCUCAGAGUGGCGGGAAGAAGGCUUCUUCCGCGUGAGCGAGGUCAGAGGGACGUGAAAGAAGAAGAAACUCGUUGUAUCGAGCGCCGGCCCAUAUUGUGUCGAAGAGGAGAUGUGCUUCACUAACACACCAGGAACAAUCAAGGCACUGGCGGCCUUCUGCUUCUGCAUCAACAUGUUCAACCUCGUGUACCUCUUCAUGCGGUACCAAGAGUUGCUGCCCGCCCAGGCCCAGCAACUCAGAAUCCAGGUCGAGAGCGUGAUGCCUGACGUCAAGAAUCUUGACAAAUACAUGGCCCGAAGAAACGGUGUCAUCUUCGUCAGCAUGUUUGCGGCCAUCAGCGUUCUGUUCGACUACGUCCUCUACGUGGGAGUAGACAGUCAGAAGCCUAGGCUCAUCUUGUGCGCAUGGACGUGGGGCAUCAUCGACAGUUCCUUCGACGCCGCCAUCGGGAUCGCCUCGGGAAACCUGAGCUUCAUGGAUGGCCUCGCAAGGACGCCCGCGCCCAUCGAAGUCACAGUGCUGACAGAGAAGCCAUUAUAUCACGUGUACGGCAAAUCUGUCCAAAGGCUCGAUGCGGCGCCAGAGCUCCGGUCGCCAUUCACGCCAGCGACGCCCGCCGAGAAGGGUCCACACGACAACGAGACCGAAUCCUCCGUGCGAGCCCCGAGAGAGCAGGUCAGCGACUACCAGUCUACCAUUGUCGACCACGAAGCCUACCGACUUACGGAAGAACAAAGCACGGUCUUGCUGCUGUACGUUCUACUUCGACUGAUAUUUAAGGUGGUGGCACUGUCCGGCAUCAAGGACUUCGCCAGCCGUGUGGCCAUCGAGUGCGAGAAGCGGAAACUGGCGCUGCAGCUCGGCCACGAGGCGGAGACGGUGUCCCUCGAAGAGCCGGACGUGCCGGGGCCGCCCCAGUCGAAGCGCAAGAUCGCCAUGCCGCCGCAGGAUAUGCCUGCACCGAGACCGCCGCCCCCUCCGGUGGUUCCACCGUUUAUCCCGGGUAUGCCGGGAAUUCCGUUUCCUCCUCCGCCCGGGUUUAUUGCGCAGCCUCUUCCGGGCGGCAGAGGGCCUCCGCCUCCUCCCGGGAUGCUGGGGGGCCCCGAAAUUCGGUCGCCCGCUCCCCCGGGGUUCCUCUUCCCGCCACCGUCGGUGGUUCCCUACCCCACGGUGGACCCUACGGCGUUCGGGAAUCGGCCCCAGUGAAAAGGGGCGUGAGGCGCCCACGGCACAGAGGAAACUGUUGGGUGCGCGGUCUACCGAGCCUUGCAGAGCCUCCGCCGUCCGCAAACAGGAUUAAAGUUUGGUGAUAUUAUCGCGCGUACGCUGUUUUGCUUUUUGACGGUGUCCGUUUUCCACCGGAUUGUCAGUGAACGUUUCAAUUUUUUUAGCUCGGCGCAACGCGGGCCUACCGUAUCCGAAUAAUUCUCGGAUGUCGUCGCGGGUUCCGUAUAGAUUGGACGCGUGGAGCGAAUGCUGUUUUUGUACAUUCUCGAACGCGAGCGAACCCGAGCGAUAGUUAGAUUAAGCAAAAUUUUCCCAACGAUGUACGGGCGUGCCUGUCCGUGGUGUAGCGACUCACCACCGUCUUUGUACCACAUCUCAUGGGGAUGCCAAAAUAGACCGCCAAAUUUAAAUGCCUACUUAGUUAGGUAUAAUCUAACCAACACACUGGAGCAAUGGGAGGCACAACUCGCCAGCUCAGACCCGAAGGUGCAGAAGGCCCUUCUUGGUCACGUUCGGUUAGCGGCAGAAGCCAGUGGAGCCCUGGACUUGGGGCACCACCCAUCAAGCUCCUAAUCCCCUAUCCCCAUUUCCCCGAUUCAAUAAAGUUAUUCUCUCUCUC